AUGGAUAUAGUUAAUAUUGCUUGGGGUGCUUUAAUGGUAAUGUUUACAUUUUCUCUUUCACUUGUCGUUUGGGGAAGAAGCGGAUUAUAA